UAACUUAUAACUGUCCGGCGACUUGCCCCAGAGUAACUUUCACUGUCAUUUCUUUACAUUCACGAUGGCUUCUAAACAACUGAAAAUUUUCACUAGAGAAGAGGUCGCCAAGCAUAACAAACAGGAUGAUCUUUGGAUAAUAAUUGACGCUAAAGUGUAUGACCUUACGCGGUUUGUUGGGAUGCACCCGGGCGGAAUCGCUGCCCUCACUGACGAGGAAGUUGCUGGUCAAGAUGCAACGGAUCAAUUCUUUGCUCUUCAUCGCUUUGAAAUUCUUCUGAAACCCCAGUAUCAACGUCUUAUCAUUGGUAACAUCGAAGGCGAGGAAGCUGCUUUGCAUCCGCCAAACAUAGGAGAUAUCAGCAAGGUUCCUUAUGCUGAACCAACAUGGCUGACGGAGGGGUACUAUAGCCCAUACUAUACGGAGAAUCAUCGAGAACUUCAGAGGGCAGUCCGUAGAUUCACAGACGAGUAUCUGGUGCCCGACGCCUUGGCCAGAGAAGAAGAUGGAAAGAGACCAGAUCAGAAGGUUUUGGAUAAGAUGGCUGAGUUGGAACUUCACGCCAUGCGAUUGGGUCCGGGUAAACAUCUGCAAGGGCGUACCCUGAUGGGUGGCAUUGUCAAGCCUGAAGAAUUUAACUACUUCCAUGAACUGGUCGUCAUGCAGGAAAUGGUUCGCUGUGGAGCUCGUGGAUACGGCGAUGGCUUACUCGGAGGGAAAGUCAUUGGUCUCCCUCCUGUUCUUAAUUUCGGCAGCCAAGAGCUGAAAGAUCGCGUGGUCCCGGAGGUUCUUGCCGCAAAAAAAUUUAUCUGUUUAGCGAUUUCCGAAGCGCAUGCAGGUAGUGAUGUUAUGGGACUGCAAACUACAGCCGUUAAAAGCGAAGAUGGGAAAGAAUGGAUCAUCAAUGGAUCCAAAAAGUGGAUCACCAAUGGAACCUUCGCAGAUUACUUCACCGUUGGGUGUAAAACUGAGGAUGGUUUUACUGUCAUUCUCGUCGAGAGGGGACCAGGUAUUGAAACACGUCAAAUCAAGACAAGUUAUUCCACGACUGCCGGAACAGCGUUCAUAACAUUUGAUAAUGCUCGUGCGCCUGUUGGAAACACGUUGGGUGAAGAAGGUGGAGGAAUUUUCGUAAUGCUUAGUAAUUUCAACCAUGAGCGAUGGGUGAUGUGUUGCGCUUCAGCUCGUGCUCAAAGAGGGAUAGUUGAGGAAUGUCUCAAAUGGACUUCACAACGGAAGGCUUUUGGAAAACCAUUAAACUCUUUGGCAACAGUUCGUGCCAAGCUCGCAGCGAUGAUACAACGGGCAGAAAGUGUACAGAAUUGGCUCGAGAGCAUAACAUACCAGAUGUGCAAUAUGUCAUACAAGCAACAAGCUAGUAAACUCGCCGGUCAAAUCGCCCUUCUAAAGAGCUACUCUACCUCCUGUGCUCAGGAAACCGCCAGAGAUGCUGUUCAGCUCUUUGGUGGAAGAGGUAUCACCAAAACAGGUAUGGGAAGACUCAUUGAACACUAUCACCGUACAAUUCCUUUCGAUGCCCUGCUCGGGGGAGCAGAGGACGUCCUGAGUGAUCUUGGAGUACGUCAAGCUCUGCGCUCUAUGCCUCAUGACGCUAGACUAUAAGACGUCGUACAUGAUGUAAUAGUGGAACAGUUGUCGACUUUAAUUAACAUUAUUAGAUUUCUAAUGUCGUUGCAUGGGCAGAUUUUUGUUUUACGA